AUGUCUUCUAGGCAUAAGCGUUUUCCAAGUGAUGCAAUGAAUAAAAAGUAUACAGUAGAUAAGACGAUUAGAGAUGGCAAAUAUGGUCUGAUUGGCAAUGGUGUUGAGAGAGACACAGGUCAGCUAGUGGCUUUUAAAUUUAUUGAGAAAUCCAAUGAACUUGGAGAACUCCCAAACUUAGAAUCCCCAAGCUUGAUCACACAUGAAACCUCUAAAAACAUUGGGUUGAACCAUCCGAAUGCCACCAGGUGUCUAAGAAUAGAAAUUGAUGAUACUUUUUUGUAUCUUGUUUUUGAGAACCUACCAUGGGAUUUGGAUGAUUUUAGAAGAGGAUGGUUAAUAGCUAUAGAUUUUGACCAGAUUUCUUUCAACUGCAGCAUAUUCUUCAAGGGAUUCUUCAUGGCAGUAGCUUUGAAGGCCGCUAGUCUUUAUUACCAGGCACCUGAAAAACUUUUUAAUGGAAGCUCUAAGGUAGUUGAUACAUGGGCUGUGGGCUGUAUCUUUGGUGAGAUGCUAACUGGGCGGCCCCUGUUUCGUUCUAAUAAUUGGGUCUUGGGCGAACCAAAGCCAGAAGUAUAUGGCAAAAUUGAAAUUACUAUUGAUGGACUUGGCAAAAGAGUUUCCAAAUCUCGAACCUACUAG